AAGAUGAGGUCAUUCAUAUAGAGCAUCCUGGAGAUGAUAAAGAUGGUGCAAAUUCUCAUAUAAAGCUGAAUACAGUAACUAGUGAACGAAAAGAUAAGGUUAGUCGAAAACAAAAGAUUAGUAUGAAGGCAAAAG